GAGGUGGAGGCGUACUGACACCUUGUUCUGGACAAAAUGACUGGCCUGCAUCAUCCGCACGCCCCUUGCUGCAAGCCAGCCGGCCUCUCAGCACCACAUUGACACCAGGCAGUCUGUCCAUCCAUCACUGCCACAGCGGAUAUAGUCCCCCCCCUCCCCCGGACUGGCUCACAUUCAUAUUUCUGACCAAAAAUACUGAUGCUAGGCUUGGGCUCACAAAGGGACAGCUGUUGCUCUGUCAGGCCAGUACCCUGACCGAACAGUUCCAGCAACCACUGGGACCAGUUUGUGGAGUGUUUCUUGAUUUCAAAAGCCAGUGAAACCGGUCCAACACACAUCUACAGCAAAAGGCCACGGCAAAGAGCCUGGUUAUGGAUUUUAACCUGCUGACGGACAGCGAACCCCGCAGCCCGGCGCUGUCGCUAUCGGACUCCGGAACCCCGCAGCACGACCCGGGAUGUAAAGGCCAGGACAACAGCGACACAGAGAAAUCCCACCAGAACCAGCUGGAUGAGUCCAGCGUUGAAGAUGGCUCUCUGAAAAAGAAGCAGAGGCGACAGAGGACUCAUUUCACAAGCCAGCAGCUCCAGGAGCUGGAGGCGACCUUCCAGAGAAACCGCUACCCUGACAUGAGCACCAGAGAGGAGAUAGCAGUGUGGACCAACCUCACUGAGGCACGGGUCAGGGUGUGGUUCAAGAACAGGCGUGCGAAGUGGAGAAAGCGGGAGAGGAACCAGCAGGCAGAGUUAUGUAAAAAUGGCUUCGGUGCCCAGUUCAAUGGACUCAUGCAGCCCUAUGAUGACAUGUACACAGGCUAUUCCUAUAACAACUGGGCCACCAAGAGCCUAGCAAGCAGCCCGCUUUCUGCCAAGAGCUUCCCAUUCUUUAACUCAAUGAAUGUAAGCCCCCUGUCAUCCCAGCCUAUGUUCUCCCCCCCAAGUUCCAUCCCUUCCAUGAACAUGGCCUCUAGCAUGGUGCCCUCAGCAGUGACCGGAGUUCCCACUACAGGGCUCAACAACCUGGGCAACCUAAACAACCUCAACAGCCCCACGGCGCUCAACUCUGUAGCGGUGACUGCCGCCACGUGCCCCUACGCCACCACAGCCAGUCCCUACAUGUACAGAGACACCUGCAACUCCAGCCUGGCCAGCCUACGCCUCAAGGCCAAGCAGCACGCCAACUUUGCUUAUCCAGCUGUGCAAAACCCUGUGUCAAACCUGAGCCCCUGCCAGUACGCUGUGGAUCGGCCAGUAUGAAGAACAAGUUUCAAUGACAACCCUUGACCCAACCGACCACUAAGUCCACAGUUCCCCCACUUCACAUCUCUUCAGUUCCAUCUCUAAGUUGCCAAAUGUGCUGCAGACUGGCAAACUGUGUUGAUGGUACUCAAUGAGACUACUCUUCAAAACUGACAAACAGCAAACAGACUUGCUCAGAUGGACCACCAUGCUUCAAAGGAAUUCUCUCCAGUUUGUGAGACUUUGUCACUGAACUGACCAACUGCUUCAAAGGAUUUCUAAAGAUUAAUAUCCAUUAUCUUUUUUUUUCCUUCUUUUCAACUGCAUGAUUAGAGUAAAUGUAGAAAUCAACGGUAAAUAAAUGGAUGCUUCAACUGGACCGGUGGUCAACAUCUUGGCCCAAAAACAAUGCAGGAAAAGGGACCUGUGGUUGCAGUGUGGGAGAAAUAGAGAAUGUAUAUAAUGGACUUUUUUCUGUUUUGUAUGUGGCAAAAAAAAUUAUAUAUAUAUGAAACCGUACUUUAAAGAUGAGAAAAGCAUGUUCUUCAAAAGCAAAGACCCAAGGUUGAUGUUCUGUAAACACAUCCUUUUGGAACUUUAAACUUUGUUGUGAAUUCUUCUCCCCCUUGGAAGGUCAUAGGUCAAAGGCUGGCUUGGGCGGGAAAGAGGAGGGCAAUCCUGUAAAGAUACCACAACCUCACAAAUACAAUUUACUCACACACAUACCAGAAUAUCUGCAAGUAAAAGCCAUUGAGUAUAUAGAUUUGUGUGAUGUUAUACAAAGGGAGUCCAUGACUGUAAAAAGAAAUGUAUGUAAGAGUGCAGUUGUCAUGAAAAAAAAAACAACAAAAAAAAACAAGCUUUUUCCUGCUGUAGCCUGCUUUGUCUCAUUAAAGAACCAAUUAAAGGAUCUGUUUUUAUGAACUACAAA